AUGCCGUCCCUCAGCUCUGACUUUGAAUUAAUUAUCCGCCAGCAGCCCACACGGGCGUGCGUAGCCGGUGUGAAGGAGAAAGGACGCAAACCAGUCGACCCCCAACCGAUAGUACAGCUGCGAGUAAGAGAGGCGGGAACUUACCUCGCGCAGCACUAUCUGCAAAGUCCCUACUAUUUUAUGUGUUGCAGCUUGUUCGACCCUUUAAAUGACAUUCCGGCUCCCGUACCGCCAUCAACGGCUUUGACUGGCACUCUGGUCUCGUCACUCCACCGGCUAAAGGACGAGGACGACAGCGUUGGGGGCUUCUUUGUAUUUGGGGACCUGUUUGUGAAAGUCGAGGGAGAUUUUAGGCUGAAGUUGACACUUUGUGAAAUGAGAAACGGUAUAGUCACUUACCUGACAUCCAUCAUCUCGGACCGCUUCACGGUGUCUCCCCCGAAGAGCUUCCCUGGAAUGACAGAGUCGACUUCCCUGUCCACACUUUUCGCAGACCAGGGUGUAAAGUUAAAACUCCGAAAGAAGCCGCGGACAUGUAUAAAGCGACAUCUCCAGGGACUGGAAGAUUAUUCAGACCUGGCUCUUUUCCGUUCCCCAGAUUAUUCUUCAUUCCAGAUACCUGGGAAUAUCUCAAGGGGCUACCCAGUCGCAGCGAGUCAGAACUCUAGCUAUUAUACAGGGCCGGCUAAGCGUCAAUGCAUGUCACUGGCCUCCUAUAACCGACGCCCGUAUGACGAUGGGAGGAUGUACCAAAUAGAAGCUCAUCCAAAGACCAUGACUCUGCAUGCAAACCAACCACGGGCCUAUCCAACUCCUCCGGGUGUUGCAGAUUACGCGAUGUCGGAUGGAAUUCCGCCCUUGGCUCAAGUUCCUAGAACUUUGUAAAUGUGGUUGAAAUCUAAACUGACAAUUAUUUCAUGGAUGUAUU